UGGAGGCACCUAAGUACCACACAAACCGCGGUCUCGCCUUCGCUUUUCAACAACUUGCGCUUGUAAUAAUAUUCAGCACGUUAUCACGGGCAAAUCUGCCACCAACAACAAGUGCGGCGACACAUAUAAUAAAAACAAUAAAACCCACUAUAAGCGCACAACAACAAAUCUAUCACACUUGCCACGACGUGCGCUGUCAAUGCAGCGGUUUUGUGCUUAAAUGUGUUAUGAAAGGUGUUACUAUACUCAUCGACAGCGGCGCGCCAGUGACAGGCAGCGCGCGACUCACUAUAAGUUGUGCAGCGAAUACAACUGCUGAGGAAAUAAAGAAAGCGCAGUUCGCUUACAGUUUUCGGCAUCACAAUGUCAAAUUUAAUUUGGAAAAUUGCGCAAUGCUACCAGAUAUAUUGAAGCGCGCGCAAAUCAACUACACAGGUACUAUCAAAUUCAAUGGCGCUUUGCCGGUGCCUGCGCACUUUUUAGACCAAGCAAGAGGUUUGCAGCGUUUGCGCUUUGAUGUGACAAUUAACAGCAGCGCUGCAGAUAGUUUGCCUGCAGAACUCUUUCACAAUCAAGGCGCUUUGAAGGAGCUUAGAUUGUUACUGUUAUGCAAACCGGAUGAAGUGGCGCUACCAACGCAAAUAUUCCACAGGCUGUACGCGCUGGAAGCGCUAUUAGUGCGCGUUGUACAAACUGAUCUCGAUGGCAUUACAAAUACGGUGCUGCGCAAUUUAACAUCUUUGCAUUUUCGUGAUAUGCCGAAUUUGCGAAAACUUAAUUUGGAUGGUAAUUAUAUGCAAGCAUUGUCAGCUGAACUCUUUGUCACGCUACCCGAAUUAAACGAAUUGACUUUGUGCUUGAACCAGUUGGCGGCGCUGCCAAGCGGGUUGCUGCGCGCGCAGGGUAAACUGAUAAAGCUUAGUCUAGCCGGCAAUUUGCUGCAGUCACUACCGUCUCGUUUCUUCGAUACGACACCGCACCUAUGGGAACUUGACUUGAACGACAAUCUACUUUCUAAACCUACAAAUAUUAUUACAGCGGUCAAACCGCUGCGUUUUCUGUAUCAGCUCAACUUGAGUUACAAUAACUUUACGCGCAUUGAGGGCGCUGAUGAGUAUGCAAAUCGCUCACUACUCACGCGCCAGAAUAUUGGAAAAAUUAGUGACGCGCCGCCUUACUUUCAACAGUAUUUGGCGCAGCUGUCGACCAAACGAUAUGCGCCGCCAUACAAUACGACUAUAAUCAACCUGAGUCAUAAUCGUAUUGAAACAUUUCAUUUACAUAGCAUCAGCGCUGCUACGCUGCAAUGUCCUUAUGAGCUUGAUUUGACCAAUAAUCAAAUAAAGCAUAUUUACGCGCUAAGUCAUCCUGAGCGCAGUCACAGCGACUGUACGCGUAAGUUGCUAUUGCAGUUCAAUCCACUGCAGUGCGACUGUGCCUUAGCUUGGAUCUACAGCAUGAAUUUCUCUAUUGCGACGAACUGGGAGUGUGUUAGGCGUGAUGGUAGCAAUUAUAUGUAUUUACACGGGCAGCGCGCUAUGUGCGCCUGGACGCCGAAAUUUUGCCCUAGCGCUUGCAACUGCCACUAUGACGCGCAAGUACUGCAUAUCAACUGUACACAUGCCAUGUUGAAUAGCUUGACCCAGCUGCCACGCCCAGCGCAGGUCUCGUUGACGCAGAGCACGCUGGAUAUUACGCACAACCGCUUUUUUGAAUUGCCAUCGAAUUUGACUUUCGGUUACGCUAAUGUGACGCGCCUGUAUGCAGCACACAAUCGCCUGGAAAAUAUACAAAGCGCGCACCUGCCGCCGCAUUUGCAACUGUUAGAUGUGCGUAAUAAUCUUUUAGCGCGCCUAAGUAACAGUUUCAUUUUGCACUACCUUAAUGAAAGCGCCACUUUACAGCAGCUUUAUCUCUCCGAGAAUCCAUGGCUUUGCGACUGUGAGGCUGAGCAAUUGUUAAACGCUGUGCGCGCGCAUCGUAAGCGCAUACCCGAUGUGGCGCUUUUAGCUUGCGCAAAUCUGCAGAAUACCAGCUUGCUACAAGCGCGCUACACGGAAGUUUGUAUACCAGCAAUAGCGCGGCGUUUGCGCUUGUUGUGGUUACUUUUCAGCUUGUCGCUGGCAGCUAUUGUGUUAAUUAGUAUAUUAGCGCUUUACUAUAAAUAUAAUUUGGAGCUACAUGUGUGGCUAUACGCGCACGAUAUGUUUCUCUGUUGCAUACGCGAAUAUGACUUGGAUAAGGAAAAAACAUUCGAUGCAUUCAUAUCGUAUGCGCAUCAGGACGCGUCUUUUGUCAAUGACAUACUUUUGCCAGGUCUAGAGCAAGGUGAGCCACCAUUUCGCGUGUGUACGCAUGAACGCAAUUGGCUUGCGGGCGCUUACAUACCCGAACAAAUAAUUGAGUCCGUUGCACAAUCGCGUCGCACAAUCAUUGUGCUCUCACAGCAUUUUAUCGCAUCGGAUUGGGCGCGCAUGGAAUUUCGCACGGCGCACCAGUGCGCUUUGAAUGAACGACGCGCGCGAUUAAUUAUUAUAAAGUAUGGCGAGCUUGCCGAUCUCACGAUGAUUGAUAAGGAGUUGCGCGCCUAUUUGGAUAUGAACACGUAUUUGAAGUGGGAGGAACAUCCAUGGUUUUGGAGUAAACUGCGUUAUGCUAUGCCACAUCGCAAGGGAGAGCUGCGCAAUGCCGGCAUGCUUGAGUUAGAUGAACGGCAGAGAGUUUAUGUCAUUGGCGAUGUGGAGCUGAAUCGGCUGCGCGGACAGGAUGGAUAUAAUGAUCCGACACCAUAUACAUGCGCCGUUUGGAGUUUAGAGAUUCAAUUCAAAGUCAUGAUGCCAGGCGUUCAUAAACAUACUGUCGUUUUUUAUAUAGCGCUGCUCUUUUUUCAUCAAACGCAACCACUAAAAACAGCCAACUCGAAAACCAAUAAUGGAAGAGCUCUCGAUACAUAUUGCGAUAUUGGAAGGUGCGCGUGCAAUGCAACUGCUGUGAUGUGUCAGCUAAAGGAUUGUAACGCUAGCGGUCCACAAUUUAUAGGCGUACGCCGCAUAGAAUAUGCAGCAGCUUCAAAUCACUGUACACUAAAAACACGCACAAAAUACAACAACCAGUUCGUGCCACGCAUAAUUGUACCAGUGAUUAAAAGUUAUGUUAAAAAAACUGAGUUUACACUGGCAAAUUGUCUGCAAACGCCAGAAGCGUUGCGGCAGAAGAAACUAAGCUAUUACGGCAAAGUAGUGCACGACAAACUUAGUGCUGCUGUAGCAGGAGAAGAUAUUUAUUUUCCAAAUUCGCACAAUUUAUGGGAACUGAACCAUAUAAGCAAAAAUGCUAGCAGUGGUGAACUAUUCGCGCAGCUAUUACUGGAAUUGGAUCAAAUUAAGGUACUGGACUUGACAGCCGAUUGCACAGGUGGCGCCAAUAUAAUUCCCGACGACUUGUUGCACACAUUAGACACGUUAGAGACGCUGCGCUUUCACAUCAGCGGCGCAACGCCACAAUUGACAGCGGCGCAUUUUCGCGAUUUAAAAAAACUUAAAAUAUUGCGCUUGGAUGAUAAUCGCUUACGCACGCUUGCUGCAGAUAUUUUUAGGCCAGUAUACAGUUUACAGCAUUUGAACUUAUCCCUGAAUGCGCUAGAGACGCUACCCGCUGAUUUGUUGUCGGCGCAAAUUAAAUUAAAGUCAUUGGAUUUGAGUUACAAUAAACUAAAAUCGCUGCCGCGCAACUUUUUCAAGUGGCCACUAAAUUUAGAGGUAUUACUGUUGGCACACAAUGAAUUCAGCGUGCCCAAUAAUGUUAUAGAACAUUCUGUGACUUUUUUCAAUAUGCGCGAAUUCGAUUUGAGCUACAAUCAAUUGAGCACGCUGCGUGGCACGGGUUUGUAUGAAAAUAAAACGAUUUUAACGCGUAAGAUUCACACGCGCUUUAGCUACUAUUCCGCUUUAAACUUAUAUGUUAAAUUAAGUCACAAUAACAUCAGCGCGCUUAGCUUCGAUUGGUUUGAAUACAUUAAUGAUUGCUACUACACUUACGAUCUGUCGCAUAACAACAUCAAGCAUGUAACGUUUUUGAAGCAUCCGGGUGUAAAUAUGGUGCGCUGCUGGCGGAAAUGGCUGCUCGCCAAUAAUCCGUUGCAUUGUGACUGUCAGUUGGCUUGGUUAAUCAAUAACGGUUAUCAAUUUGAUACUCGUGAUUGGCGCUGCACAUACCCUGAACACUUGUCCAUGCAUGCGCUAAAAGCGCUGAAUCACAGCGCACUUUGCAAUUGGUCACCUGCUACGUGUCCAGACAAGUGCGCCUGUAGUUAUGAUACUAACGCGCUCUUAGUUAAUUGUGCUAAAGCGCAGCUUUCGCAGUUACCAAGCAUACCGCGCCCAGAACAGGUGGCCCUCAGUAGUACAACGUUAAACAUCAACAAUAAUACAUUAUACGAGCUACCGCUGAACACAAGUUUUGGCUACGCACAAGUAACGCGCUUGUACGCCGCUUAUAAUAAGCUGACCAGCAUACAUUCAAAGCGCUUGCCGCCUAACUUGACGGUACUGGAUGUGCGCGCUAAUAAACUGGAGCGCUUGAGCAAUAACUUUUUACUAAGAAAUCUAGAAGCAAGUGAAACUUUAGAAGAGCUAUAUAUCUCAGGCAAUCCUUGGAUUUGCGAUUGUGGCGCUGAGCUGCUCUUGCGCGUCGUGCGCGCGCAACGAAAGCGCAUACCCGACGCCGACGCAGCGCUUUGCGCCAACCUACCAAAUGUUACACUUACAGAUGUCAUUUUUACCGAUAUUUGCCACGUCAACAAGUCGCGCGCCAAGAUUUUUCAGUUAGCAUUAGUGCUUACGAUUGUUAUCACUAUGCUCAUUAGCGCCAUUGCGCUUUACUACAAAUACAAAUUACAAAUAAAGAUCUGGCUAUAUGCGCAUCACAUAUGUCAGUGUUGUAUUACAGUGGAAACGCUGGAUAGUGAUAAAACGUUUGAUGCUUUUAUAUCAUAUUCGCAUCAACAACAGCACUAUGUCAAUCAUAUAUUGCUGCCGGAGCUUGAGCAGGGCGAUCCACCAUAUCGCAUUUGCACACACGAACGCAACUGGUUAGCGGGCGCUUUUAUACCCGAGCAGAUUAUUGAAUCGGUGGAGCAGUCGCGCCGUACAAUCAUUGUGCUGUCAGAUGAUUUCAUCGCAUCGGAUUGGGCGCGCAUGGAGUUUCGCAUGGCGCAUCAGAGCGCUUUAAAUGAGCGACGCGAGCGCAUAAUUAUCAUAAAGUAUGGCGAGCUUACGAAUGUAGCGCAACUGGAUAAGGAGCUGCAGGCCUAUCUGAAAAUGAACACGUAUCUGGACUUUAACGAUUCGCGUUUUUGGCAAAAGCUGCGCUAUGCAUUGCCGCAUAAAAUCGCUAUUGGUAGUAAAUCGGAUCAGCACGAAGGACAGAAGCCUAUUAAUUUCAUUGGGCAAGAUAAGCUAAUUCUACGAUAAUAAUUAUAAUAAUCAAGAGAAAAUAUUCAAGUAGAUUUGAUAGUUAUUACAUAUAAAUAAAUAAAUGAAAUUAAUAUUUU